AUGGCCACGCAGCCGGCAUCUCAGUCUCUGUAUUACAGCUGCACUUUGGUAGCCGCUUUAUACAAUGUGGCCUGCUUCCUAUCCCGCGGCAGUCCACACCAAAAGAGGAGGAAAUAUCGCCCCGAGCGCCGAACUCCACUUCAAAGUUCCCUAACGGCCAUGAUUGUGCUCACAUACACCACUCAGACAAUUCUGAGGGCUACUAUCAAUAACUUUGACCGAUCUCAGUCAUUCCUCGUGCAUAUGACCUCCCUAGCCGCAGUGUGGUCUGCAGUCUGGCUGCGACGAAACCAUCGUUCCAAAUACGAGUUGGUCGGAACGCCAGUGGAUACUGCCGAUUUUGAGAUUCCACUUCUUGCGCUCGAUUUGUUCCACGAAGCGAGCUAG